UAUAUCUUCUUCCCCUACUCACACCUCAUCUCAGCUUUCCAUUCUUCUUUUUCAUGCAGCCACCUCCCCGGAAAGCAUCUCUCUACCUCCCAGAUAUGAAGCACGUCGGCUGCAGUGGCCGCAAGAAUAACAAUCUCUCCAUCUUCAUUGUCGUCUUCUCUGCCUUUCUCUUCGCGGGUUUCAUGUACAAUGAGGACCUGAAAUCGAUUGCAGAGUUCACAUUUUCAAUGCCCAUAUUGCAAGAAAAAAUAGAACCCACAAAUAUGAAGAUGAUCAUAACCAAGGAAGAAAUUUUAGAUGAGGAAUUGACUCAUAUUAAAGAGGAAAUUGAGGAGGUUGAGGUACCACCAGAAGAAUGUGAUCUCUUUAAUGGAGAAUGGGUUUUCGACAAUGUAAGUCAUCCUCUAUAUAAAGAAGAAGAAUGUGAGUUCCUCACUGCGCAAGUGACUUGUAUGAGGAAUGGUAGAAAGGAUUCUCUCUAUCAGAAUUGGAGAUGGCAGCCCAGAGAUUGUUCAUUGCCCAAGUUCAGUGCGAGAUUGUUGCUUGAGAGACUUCGAGGGAAGCGACUCAUGUUCGUGGGUGACUCACUGAAUCGGAACCAGUGGGAAUCCAUGGUCUGUCUCGUUCAAUCUGUGAUCCCUCCGGGGAAGAAGAGCUUGAACAAGUCUGGCUCCCUCUCUGUUUUCCGAGCUGAGGAAUAUGAAGCUACGGUUGAGUUCUACUGGGCCCCAUUUUUGGUAGAAUCCAACUCGGAUGAUCCAAGGACGCACAGCAUUCUUGAUCGCAUCAUCAUGCCUGAAUCAAUCAACAAGCAUGGGGAGCACUGGAAGGGUGUAGACUACUUGAUCUUCAAUACGUAUAUAUGGUGGAUGAAUACUCUAAAGAUGAAAGUUUUACGAGGAUCAUUCGAUAAAGGCAAUAAAGAGUACGAUGAGAUCCAACGGCCGAUAGCUUACGAGAGGGUUUUGAGGACAUGGGCUAAUUGGGUAGAGGAAAAUGUGGACCCAAGAAGCACAUCUGUCUUCUUCACUAGCAUGUCUCCAGUUCACAUCAAGAGUUCGGAUUGGAACAACCCUGAUGGGAUCAAGUGUGCCAAGGAGACGAUGCCGGUGCAGAACAUGACCCGGCUGCAGGUAGGUACAGAUCGUCGGGUAUUUGCUGUGGUAUCGAAUGUGACCCGAUCCAUGAAGGUUCCUGUUUAUAUCUUUAACAUUACCACCCUCUCUGAGUAUCGGAAGGAUGCACACACAUCAGUCUACACCAUCCGGCGAGGGAAUGUGCUAACAGAUGAACAGAAGGCCGACCCGGACAAAUUCGCGGAUUGCAUCCAUUGGUGCCUCCCGGGUUUGCCGGAUACUUGGAAUGAAUUCCUCUAUAUUCGUAUCAUCUCUAGCCCCUCAACCCACUAGUUCUCCCUCUCUCUCUCCCUUUUUUUUUUUUAAAAUAAUUUCCCUUCUUUAAUUUUUCUCCCCUUUUUUAACUUUAAAUAGUGUUUAUUUUUCUUUUUUUACUAGGGUGAAUUUUUUUGUACUUUAUUUUUCCUGACUGGCUAAGAUAUUAGCCAGAUAAGCAUGCCGGGUUUCCGAAAAGUGGUGAAACAUGAGCCCAUGCUUGGAAGAUUGUACCUUACUUAAAUUGUAUAAUGAAAUUCAGAAAGAAGAAAUAAGUAGAGAAGCA